AUGAUAGGCAUCCCCAAGGAUGACUUUGUGGCAAGGAGGGAAAAGUUAAAAGCUGUCUAUGAGUGGACUAGAGUGGACAAUGCAAAAACACAAUUUUCUGGAUUGGCAGAGGUGUGGUCCAAUCUCGAGGAUAUUGAGAUAGUUGGAGUGGUAACAUAUGUUGGACAGGACCCUGCAGGACAUCAAACUUCUGGCAUAUUUGGAGGCUCUGAGAUGAUAAGAAACUUCAUCAAUGAAAAUGGCAUCAAUGUCUGGUCACUCAUGGAUCAGUAUACCACAAUUUUCAAGUGUCUCAGGAAUGGCAAUGGUGUGGAUGCCAGGGUGGCUGGCACCAGUUCCAUUGGAGAUGUGGGUUCUGCACUGGAACUACAUUGCCAUACAAAGGAGACUCCAAGAGACUGCAACUGCAGAGUAUUUGGAAGCAUGAUGAAGGAGAAGAUGUUGGCCACAUUGAGAGAUCUGCAUGUCACAUGUGGCAUUGAAAAGAGCCACUUCACUAUUGUCAACUGGUCCCAUGGUGUAUCUCCACCAGGCCCUGGUUUUGAGUACAAGAAACUUAAGGCUGGCCCUCUUUGUCAACUUGUAGUACCUUACCUUCAGAGAAAACUGGGUCUUUUGUAUGAUGGGCAAACUGAUGAUGAGGAAGAACAAGAUAGUCUGGAUGAUGUGCUGGAAAUUGAGAUUAAGUGCUGGAACAAAGAGGUCAUCAAUAUUUUGGAUACUGACCCUUUGAAGGGUGAGAUCAUGCUCAUCAAAGCUACCAAUGGUACUGUUUUGCAGCAGAUCUCAGAUGAUCCAGAGUGGCAGAAGUCCCUCAAGGAAAUGGAUUGCCAGCAGCAAGGCAUGGAGGUCCUUUGA